AUGGAGGUGGUCCUGCUCCAUGGGCUGCUGCUGCUCCUGCCCUUGGCAGGGCUGCUGCUGUACAGGUACAACACCACCUUCCACUACUUCUGCAAGGUGGCCUUUUUCCACUGCUGGCUCGUGGCCAUGGCCACCAUCCUGUCCCCCUUCGCGGCUCUUCGGGGACGCUCCGUGGAGAACAUGAAGCUCCUGCGCGCCGCGAUCCUGCCCCUCAAACGCUUCUGUGGCAUCAAGCUGCAGGUGAGGGGCACAGAGCACCUGAACAUCAAGGAGCCCUAUGUGAUAGUUUGCAACCACCAAGCUUCCCUUGACCUCGUGGGCAUGGCAGAGGUCAUUCCUGAGCGCUGUGUGCCCAUUGCCAAGAAGGAGCUGCUGUACAUGGGCACUCUGGGCUGGGCCUGCUGGCUCAGUGGCAUCAUCUUCAUCGACCGCCACAGACGAGACGCGGCCAUCGAUGUCAUCUCCCAGACAGCCCGGACCAUGUGGCGUGAAAACCUCCGAGUGUGGGUUUUCCCCGAAGGCACCAGGAACCAGAACAAAUCCAUGCUGCCCUUCAAGCGUGGGGCUUUCCACCUGGCUGUGCAGGCUCAGGUUCCCAUCUUCCCCAUUGUAAUCUCCCCGUACUGGGACUUCUUCAGCUCCAAGGAGAAGAAGUUCACCUCUGGCACGUGCACCAUCCGAAUCCUGCCCAAGGUGGAAACACGGGGCCUGGGCCCCGAGGAUGUCCCCGAGCUGACCGAGGCUGUGCGCAGGGCCAUGGCCGAUGCCCUGGCUGAGAUGUCUGGGAACCCCCGCGGGGACCAGGGUGACCAUCGAGCUGCUGGGAGUGCACAGAACCCACCCCAUCACCUGCUGAAGAGGGAGGUCCAGCAGCCUCAGAUGCACCUGAACUUCACCUUCGCCGCUCCAGCUCCCAUCGGUGGGAAGGAAGAAAACCUAGACCUGAACAUCUCAAUCCAAGGAGAUUCCCUGAACGUGUCUGAGAAGAAGGAGGUGAAGCUGAAAACACUGGACCCUGGGAUCUUCAUAUAG